AGAAAACUUUUUGACCCACUCUUUUCUCGUGUUUUCUCUCAGCUUAAUCACCCAGAAAUUUUAUCUCGCAAACCCAGAUUGGAUUCUACCGGCUGAAUUUUCAGCAAGGGAGAACAUGAAAUCAGUGAAAGGCAGGUUACUGAAGAAGCUCAAAUCAAUCAAACCCAUUGGCUAUUUACAACAGGAUCGAGUUCUUCAGGUACUGGCAGCAGAUGCCAUUCUUGAUUUUUAUCCCAAGAGGAGUAACUCCACAUCAGGAACACAAGAGACCCAGUUGGUCCCAAAAGACCAAGAUAAAGAAGAGGAGAAUAAUAAGGUGAGCACUGUAGCAGGUCAAGAGCCCGACAUGAUCGAUGUGGCGGAGCUCAUGAGAGAACUCAGAGAAGAAGAAGAAAAAGAAGAAGAAGAAGAAGAAAAAAAAAAGGAAGACAUGGAUUUGGAUCAUUAUGACGACGAUAAGGAAAACGUUGGCAUAUCCAUGAAGGGUAAAGACCCGGUAAUUUCUAGCAAUGAAAAUGUGAAGACUGCUUCAAAAUCAGAGAUGGGUGAGUGUAGGCAGAAACCCUUAUCUGAGAUCGAUAUAUCCUCGUUCCGGCGGCCGGAAUUGGAGUCGAACAGCCUUUUUGAUCCAAACCUACUCGCGGCCUUUGAACAAGCAGUAAAAGAGCACAUGAGGACGAGGGAAGCAGAGAGAAUAGAGAGAACAGAACAGAAGGAGAAGCUUGGAGAAAACAGAGAAUUAGAAACAGAGGAGGAAAAUGAUCUCCAGGAAAUCGCAGAAAUGGAGCCCCCCCAAAAAACCCGCCGACUAGAAGACGACGGCAACGAAGUUGUUAAUAAUAAUUACAGUGACAAUCCAUUAUUAGAAUUCGAAGAGAGGUGUCCGCCGGGCGGAGACGGGUCAGUAGUCUUCUACAGCACGACGCUGAGAGGGAUUAGAAAAACCUUCGAAGACUGUAACAGAGUACGGUUCCUGCUAGAGAGUUUCCGGCUGGUGUUUUUGGAGAGAGACGUGUCAAUGCACAGGGAGUACAAGGAAGAGUUAUGGAGAAUAAUGGAAGGGAAGACAGUUCCGCCAAGGCUGUUUAUAAUGGGAAGGUACAUAGGAGGAGCUCAGGAGGUAUUAGGUUUGCACGAGCAGGGAAAGCUCAAAGUGCUUUUCGAAGGGAUCCCGCCUGCUGACAUGUUCAGCGAGCCAUGUGAAGGAUGCGCUGGAGCUCGGUUUGUGCUUUGUUACAGAUGCAGGGGAAGCCAUAAGCUUGCUGCGGAUGGUGAUGGGUUGUGGAGUAGAUGCCCUGAGUGUAAUGAAAAUGGAUUAAUCAUAUGUCCAUUCUGCUGCUAGUUAAACUUCAUCUUGUGUAUCAUUUAGUAUUUGAUUGGAUUCUUUUGCGUGUUGAGAUUUCUGUAUACAAUUUCCAAUGUUGUAAAAUUGGUUUACAAUAAAUUUUUUGGGCAUUUUACCAUCGUUUUGGUCAUAACUGUCAACUAGGACUGGGUAUACACAUUUUAAAAAAUAACAUCAGUUGUUUCAUUAUUGUAAAAUUACAAGAAGUUCAUGUACAGUUAUACAUGCUGUUCCUAUGUUCUAGCUGUUAUUAGGCCAGUUAUGUCCACAUUGAAAGCUUUGAUGCUUGGCGUCUUCCCCAUAUAAACAUUAAUUCUCAUCUUUCAUGUCUGACCCUUUCGCUGAAAUGCCCUUCUAAGCUUCUAACAGAAAAUAAUCGCUGAAGAGCAUAGCCAACAUCAAGUGAACCAUACGUUGUAACAACAGGAAUACAGAACAGAUGCCACAUGACAAUCAAGAUUUUCAUCCAAACUUCAGAAACCUCCCAGGCAGGUUGACUGUUGAGUUGAGCUAUGUACUUGCACCUCUCUUGGGAUCUUGCACCAAAGAGAAAGAUGUCAACUUUAGCUUCACAUGGGACUAAUUGAACCCAUAAAUUUUGAUGCCAGCUAUAAUUUGUUCCGUAUCAAUCAAAUUUGUUCUUGAGUUUGUCUGUGAAGUGUCAAUUUCAGCUUUUGAGAGAAUGCACUAAUUAUUCUGCACGGUCAUGAAGCCUGAAGUCUAUUAACUCCCAAAGCAAGGAGACCCUGCAAAAAUUAUCUCACAGGUAAAACCUAUCACCACAAAUACAAAGAAUGCAAGUAUCUGAAUACAGAUAGAAGGCCUUUCUGUUUCAAAUUCAAUUCAUCCAUUCCGAGAAAUCAGGUAGUUGUCAGGAUCUGUUUCAAAUUCAAUUGCCAGUAGCUAUAUAUAGAUCAGUCUCCUGUGCAAUCUUAAUCAGUCUUAAGUAACAAAAAAGUACUACUAACAUAAGAUAUGGCAGAGAAGUAAGGCCUCUUCCGUAGAUGGUCAUUUCUUGGCCUCCAUGCAGUCAGUAACAGGGCUCAAUUUCAAACCUAACAAUCUGUACUAACACGCCCUUCUCCAACCAGUUUAAAGUAUGCAGAGAAGAUUGAAGGAACAGGCAUGACAUAAAAUAGCAACCAGCUAGAAAUGCUCAACACAGGCUACUACAAAUUAUAGCCUUCUUUUCUAUUAUGUUCAAGACAUGAACCUACAACAAUCAGUUGGUUGAAAGUACUAUGUUGAGACAUGCACCAACAUACAUUGUUAUUGCAUGGCUAAGCAUUUGGUUAUCAUAUGAAAUACAAAUAAAAGGUUAUUGAGAUGUAUGGCAGACUAAUUAUCUGCUUUUAAACCCUAAUCUGAGCAAGGCCAGGACCAGCAUAUUCCACCUCUCAUCUAACCCUCUUACUUAUUGUCUUAGUAUAUUUAGUCCCACUUCUUCCCUACUUGUGUUUCUAGAUUUAUUCUUCUUUUAGAUGUCCAUAUUGUUAUGCUGGUCUAAAUUUCUCCUCCCAUAGGCUACAAAUACUUAACCUUGGUUAAAUAUAAAAAAGCACAAGCAUGUAUAUUAGUUAAGUCCCAUCUCUUAAGAGGAGAAAUUUAAAAUAGCCCAGAAAGCAUUUAUCAGUCUGACAGCACCAGCUUGUUUAGGGAUGGAAUCCAGUCAAUAAUCCCCCAACUGUGGCAAAGUUAUUAGGCUAGACAAGUUGGUUUCUAAAUCUCCCAGUAGCAGGGCUGUAGAGCAGAUCUUUAGGAUGUGACACGCCAUUUUAUUCUAAUACUCCCCAUAAAGAAGUUGCCCGGGCCCUCAAAUUUAUUAUUGGAUUUGCUGUGGAAAAAAUGUUUUCCAAAGGGUGUUAGAAACCAAUAAUAAUACCAAAAGAACAAAGAGCCACCACUUCUACACUAAACUUGGAUGGGAACAGACGAUUCCACAUCUCACCUUUCCCGC